AUGGAUGAUCGUUUAAUUGAAUUGUAUAAAGUAAAAAUAUAGUAAUCUAGAUGUCUGGCAGAUAGGAUUCAUUUUAAUUGAACAAUUCCAAUUCUUCAUAGGAGAAUGAAUUUAUGCCUUAAUUUACUGCUAAAAUAAAUAAGGCACAAUAAUGCUUAAAGAGAAUCAAAGAAAAUAAUAUAAGAAUGUAGGAUAUGUCAGUGAAAUAUUCAAGUGCAACAACAUCUUAUGUUGAAGAAGGUUUUUUAAGUAUUUGAAAUCUCUUAGAGUUAUCACGAGAAUUAGAAUAAAUUAUGGUGUAAAAUUAACAAUUUAGUAACUAAUUAAAAGAAGCUUUGAAAGAUAUCAAAGAAGAUGUUGAAAAAAGUGAAAGAGAUGAGAAUGUAACUAAUUUUUAAUUAUAGGAGGAUUAAACAGAAAUCUAAAUUAAAAUCAAUCAAAGAAAUGCAUUAACUAAUAAAGUUUAAGAAGUUUUACAAGCUUCUUAAUAAAUUUCAAUUAAAUACAAGACUUGUGUGAGAGAGAAAAUCAGGAGAUAAACUAAAAUUUUAGAUCAAAAUACCACAGAAGAGCUUUUAAAUGAAAUAUGUAAUGAUCCACAAGUAUGUUAAUUUUAUCAAAUAUACACUUAGCGAGCAACAUAGUUGUUGUAAAAUAAACUCUAUGGAGAAGUUCCUUCUAUUGGUAUCACUAAUGCAGUUUCAGAUAUCUAGGAGAAAUACAAAGAUAUAUAAUAAUUGGAAAAAGUAUUUUUAUAAAUUAUUAAUUAGUCAGUUUAAUUAGUAAGUUAACUAUUUGUUGAUUUAGCAAUUUUAGUUCACGCUUAAGGAUAAGGAACAGAUAAUAUCGAACUUAAUCUAGACUCAGCCAAAACUUAUGUUGGUAAAUCAGAAAAAAACUUUAUUAUGGCAAAGAAUGAUCAUAAAGCAGCUAAAAAAGUAUUCAUAAAUUCCUUAAUUUUAGAAAAUAUGUUGUAUUAUCUUAAUAGGUAUUAUAAUUUUAGCAGUAAUUAUCGGACCAAUUGUUGCUACUUUAUGA